CCCUUAGAAAUUCAAAGGAGAGAAGGCAAACUCAAUCAGAGCCAUUUACAUCUAUAUUAUAUCGGAACAAUGCACUCUGGUGGUGCAAACUCGAAGUGAAAAGAGGUUUCAAAAGUGGCCGCAGUUAGAGCGCAGCAUGUAAAUUAUUAACCCAUACUUAAGAUAUGUUUACCGGAAAGUAGUUAUAGUGAUUAUACAGACUGCCUGUGUUGAAUAUUAUUCAUUAUGACUGCCGUUCGUAAAUUCAUAGAUAUUGGAGUAAAUCUGACAGACUCCAUGUACAAAGGAAUUUAUCAUGGAUCAAAGAAACAUGAAGCUGACCUCAAAGCUGUACUUCAAAGAGCAUGGGAUUCUGGCAUGCAGAAAAUGAUCAUCACAGGAGGCAGUUUGGAAGAAAGCAGAGAAGCUCUUCAGCUUGCAAAUUCCCAUGAAAAACUAUACAGUACUGUGGGCUGUCAUCCAAACAGAUGUGGUAAGUUUGAGAAAUCAGGAGACCCAACAUCAUAUCUUUAGUCUCUCCAAGAUCUAGCACAGGAAGGCCAGCAUAAAGUGGUAGCAAUUGGAGAAUGUGGACUAGAUUAUGAUUGACUGGAAUUCUGCCCCAAAGAAACACAGAUAAAGUAUUUUGAACAUCAGCUCACACUGUAUGAGACCUUGAAGCUGCCUCUGUUCCUGCAUUGUCGCAAUGCUGCCUCAGAUCUGGUGAAUAUUCUGUCCAGGAACAGGGACCUACUGAAUGGAGGGGUAGUGCAUUCUUUUGAUGGUUCUGAAGAAGACAUGAAAUCCCUACUGGGAUUAGGUUACUAUAUUGGUAUCAAUGGUUGUUCACUGAAAACUUCAGAUAAUCUUCAAGUCGUUGCAAAGAUUCCAAAUGAUCGUCUGAUGCUCGAGACAGACUGUCCCUGGUGUGAAGUGCGCCCCACACAUGCUGGUGCCAAAUUAAUUAAAACAACAUUUCGAACUGUCAGGAAAGAAAAGUGGCAAGCAGGCAGCAUGGUGAAGGGAAGAAAUGAACCAGCAAAUAUAGUACAUAUACUGGAGAUAGUGGCUGGUGUGAAAGAAGAAGAUAUGGAAGAGUUAUGCAACACAGUGUACCAAAAUACCAUGAAAUUAUUUUUUCCAGAUUGUCAUUAAGGUAAUAGAUGCUGUUCAUCAUCUGGAAAUGAACCAACAAUUUUGUUAUGUAACAUUUAAAAAGCCUAAUUAAAUAAAUUAAGAAUCUA